AUUAGCAUGGCGGACGGUCGCGGCAGUGGCAACGCGGGCGACGCCAAGCCCAAGCGCAAAGUCAAGGUCGUUGCAUCACGGUAUGCGCAGAGCUUGAACCUGCCAGCGCGACGUCAUGCAGCAGCGCCGCCGGUCCCAGCUUCAGCAUUGGCAGCACCCGUUUCGGCUCCCGCUUCCGUACCGCAUGCACCGGCUCCAUCGACAAAGCGCACAGCUAUAGCACACGCACAAGUGCUAAAGCCCGCGCCAGUGGCAACGUCGUCUGGCAGCGUGGCCGAGCGGCUCGAGGCCUUUCGCCAAAAGAAGGCAGCGCACGAGCCGACACGGACACCGACAAAGGUCGUCAAGAAAGCACGCACGGAAGCGACGGCGAGCACCAUGCGUCUCGAUGUGGCGGCCAAGCAGCCGCAAGUGCCAACGACGUCGGCAAAAGACUCGGAGACGGUGGAAUUGCACGAAUCGCUCUACUACCAGCUCUGCUACGUCGAGCGGUUGGCGGACCAAGCGUUCCAAAAGCAAGAAGCCGACGCCACGGCCCAGCUCGCGGCGGUCUUUGCCGUUGUGCACGAAAAGACCAAGGCGCUCCACAGCAUGGAGCGGCGCUGGGCCCACGAACGGAACAUGUUUCAUUUGCACACGCACCUCCAGGACCAUGGCGCGUCGCUGGCCCACCUGCCCGAACUCUUGCAAACGUAUGGGGACCAGAUUCGCGAUCUCUCGCGAGCGGUUGCUGCGACGCUGCAUCGACUGCCCAUGUCGGAUGCCCAUUGCUCGUCCUCGGCGCUAGACGCAGCCGUCCAAGAGCUCACGCGUACGCUCGAGUACACGUUGUCGGCGACACUGCCGACAUGGGAAUCGCCGAUUGCGACGUUGGCAACGCACGGGGCCAGCCUGCACACCAAUGUAGCGCAGCUCGAUGCGCUCUUCGGCGAGCUCCAAGCGCGGCUCCAGCAGCUCGGUGCCGCUUCCGACAAGGCGCGCAGUCAGGCCAUUGGGCGACUAGAGCAGUCGACGCCGCUGCAUGGCGUGGUACCGUAA